UUCCCUCGCCCGCUUCGCGCCCCCCCCGGUGCCGAGCGGAGCCGGCGCUGGAGCGGGGCUGGGGGGAACCCCGGGCAUCCCCGGCUGCUCCGGGCGCACCGAGGGUCCCUGUGCCCGCACGGCCCCGCCGCCGCCAACCCCGGCUGCCCCCCGGCACCUCGGUGGCGUCCCCGGGGCUGGUGGCGACCCCCGGGGAUGGGGCCGGGGACCCCGCUCGCUGGCAGGGCGCUGCACCGGGCUGGCUGCGCCCGCGCUCGGUGCCGUACGUGGUCCGGAGAACCGUGGCCGCAGCCAUCCGAGCCCCCCGUGGGGCCCUGGAGAGCCGCAUCCCACCCGAGGAGGGGGUCCGGGGACAGAACGAGGUUCCCCCUUUCCUGGGUCACCGGUCCCGGCUCGUUCGGGUCCGUUUGCAGCGGUGCCCAGCCCUGGGCUCGCCCCCCCCGGGUUACUUCUGGCAGACGUGGGGGGCUGGUCCCCCGGCCAGGCAGAGGUGCUGGUGUGGGGCUGGGUUUCCCGGUGCCCUUCAGCUGCUCCGAGUCCUGCUCCCCGCUCGGGGGGUGCCGGGAGUGGGGUGCUCAGAGCCGGCUCUGCACUGGCGCGACCUUGGGGUGUUUCGGUGCAGUCGAGCUGAGUUACGGUGCUGAGCAGCGAGCGGAGGAAGCCCCGUCCUUGCCCCAUCCCAGGCCUGGCAGCCUCCCCCUAGAGCCCCAGCAGCCCCCAGGAUGGCUCUGGGGGGAGCUUUGGCCCCCCACCAGUGGGGAGCAGCAUCGCUGCCUCCCCAGGGAAACCCAGCCCCGAGGAGCUGCAGUCCCUCAUCUGCAGGCGGGGAGGAGGACGUGGGACCCCUGCACCCCAGGGUGCUGCGGGGACUGCAGGGGACAGCCCCAAGGCUGCUGUGGGCAGGCUACCAAGGAGAUGCCCGGGGCAGCACAGCGUGGGGCUGUCCACAGCACAGCUCGGCUCAACCUGUGCCAUGGGGAGCCCUUUCACGCCGGUGUCUUCAGUCACGGGAUGCUGGGAGAGGAGAGCUCCUGCAUCCUGCCCUGCUUGUGCCGCCGCCGCGGCCCCUCGGUGGGACGGGACCUGUGGCUGGGAAAGCAGGGCAGCGCGCUCGCUGCUCUCGGACGUGGCCUUAUCUGCUGCCACCACCCUGGGAACUUGCUAAACGCUCAGCCCCUGUGAAUUUCCUUUUUCUGUUUUUGUUUCUUUCCUGCUGACGUUUUUCCCCUCCGGAAUAAAGGGCUGGAUGGAGACCAUGGUUACAGGGUGGUGUGGGCAGCCCGGCCCUUGGGGCUGGCGUGGCACCGGGCAGGGGACAGCGCAGCCCGGGCCACCCGCCCGCUCCAGUCCCCUCCAAAGCAAACACCCUGCAGAAAGCGUGGUGCGUGCCUGCGUCCCCGGGGUGGGCAGCGCUGGAAGCAGAGCUGAUGCACCGACUCCAGCCCAAACCACCGCAGGGAAGAGCCGAGGGGCCGGCGGCCGCGUGAGCAAGCCGGCACGGUGCCGUGCCUCCGGUGGAGCCGUUCCUCCGCGACCAUGUGGCU